GCCAGAGGCAGAGCAGGGUUUGAGGGGAAGCACCUGAACGCAGCACGGUUAGAGGAAGGAGGCUGCAGCUACAGAAGCCCCGCGAGGAGCUGCAACACCUGGCAGCUGCUGGCUCCGCGGCGUCAAUGUGUGCUCUAGUGUGCCUUGACUCAGCGACAUGAUGUUUGUUGUUGAGAAGACGGACAAAAAGCUCUGCCACAACCCCACAGCUCCUUUAAGUUGACAGGACCUUCCUACAUUUCCUUGGUCCAAAUGGAAGCCAGUGGACGCAGCCAGCGAUGGAAGAUGCAUCUCCCCGAGUUUAAACACAGCAGGAGACUGCACGAGACUCCAACUACAAAAGACAGUGAAAGAGACAGAGGAGGCACACAUAAAAGCGUUACUCUGGCACCCACCUCUAGGUAUCUGACAGACAGACAAUAUGUAACGAGAAAGCCUCUGUUCUCUAUAGAACAACAUACAUCUAUCUUAAAGAAGACGCAUCCACAGAGGCACACGGAGCAGGAGAAACAGUUGCGUGUUACAAGAAGAGAAGAAAUUCAACAUCACACUGACCUGAACUUCUUGACCAGAGUGAGAGCAGACCUGACCCCAGAGAGUUUCAGCCUCUCUCACAGUGACAUCUCCUCUCCCUCAGUCUGUAGAGAAGACCUCGGCUCACCCAUGUCUGUCUCUGAGCUCAGGGCCAGGCGGUGCCAUGAAGAACCCACUUUCGGAUCGCCAUUCCCUGGCAGCAGGUCAUCUCGACGAAGCCUCUCGAGCUCCAUCCUGGAGGUCCAGAGGCUAAACCCUCCUCUGAGGCCGCAACUGACCUCCACUGUCCUGCAUCCUACCUACACCCCUCGCUCAGGGUACUCCAGGUCAGGCCUGAGUCAGCUCAGGUUUGGGGGGAGGGAGGGAGAAGGUGACGGAGACACCAAAUUACACUCUUCUGGAGAACACUUAAAAGGACACCCAAUGUCUCCCCAUCAGGCAAACUACUGGGCCUGUGCCAUCCCUAAAGCUUUGCCUCCAUCUCCAGACAGGCACUCUGCAGGCUGGGACCCAAACAGAGAGUACCAGGCUCUGCUGGAUUACACCUACCCUCUAAGACCAGGACAAGUGGUCACAGAGUGGGAGAGCUCCAAGCUCCAGGGAGACUCUCUCCUCCAAACAGAUCCCAACCUGCAGGACUCAGGGAUUGAACUGGAUCACCUUUGUAGCUCCACCAGUGUGUCAGGUUUGGGCUUUGCUGUGAGUGGCACCGGACAGACCAGAGAAAGAAGCACUCUUAGUGUGGGUCACGGGUCACCUGACCUGCAGGCAUUCACAGAAUCCUCAGAUGGUCUGCCCUCCGGUAACCUGCUCUCCCUAACAGACCCUGUGGGUUUGUCUUUGGACAGUCUGGACACCAGUGAGAACAGAGGUGGGAUGAUUCAUUACAAAAGUGACGGUCACCGUCAUCAGCACAGCUUGCUGUCCUCCUCCACCUCCACUUCUUUUAUCCGCUCCACCAGCGUUCUACCACAGUCCAGGUGUGUGUGCGAGGACGUGGACGAGGAGUUCUGGCCUCUCCCAGAGCAGCUGGAGGAGCUGCAGCAGCUGUCUCGGCAGGUGAGGGAGGUGACGGCCCAGCUGAGUCGUCCUGUCACAGCCAGCUGGGAGUCUCUGGAGCCGGGCACCACCUCCGUCCUGUCCUCCGUCACCCUGCCUGACAAACAGGAGGCUGAAGUCAAGGAGGAGGAGACUGAAGCCAAAGAGCUGGAGGGCAGCAAUCAAGAAACUGAUGAAGGAAAAUAUGAGACGUGCAGAGAGGAGAUGAGUGCUGCUCAGACAGCAGCUGAUCACAGAGACUCUGAGGCUCUAAGGAGGAGUUCCGGGGCCUGGGUGGAGUCUGUUGGAGGGGGACUGAGUCAGUCUAGCCUCAGGGAUGUGGAGGUUUUGGUGGAGCAGCUGUGUGGCCUCACUCUGCCUGGCAGCCAGAGGAGAAACCAGGAGACCCAGGAACAAAGUGACUCCCUGCUGCAACACAUCCAGGUCUUCUGUUCACACCUGGAGCAGCUCAUCCAGCGGCUCUAUACAGUGUCAGAGAAGAUGGAGCUGCUGGCUGCACCCACUGUGGACAUAACGAGCGUGAGAUCAUCUCUGGCUGAGUAUCAGAGUUUUCAGAGAGAAGUGAGCAGCCAUCAGCCCCUGACCUCCUCUGUUCUACACACCGGACAGCUUCUCCUCAGCUGCAUCAACACCACGUCUCCAUUUUUAAGAGACACCCUGCUGUUGAUUGAGAGGCAGUCUGGAGUUCUGGAGAACCGCACAGAACACUUUUUCUCCUCCAUCCUGUCCGCCAUGGACAGCCUGACCCAGCCCAGUCCAGUCCAACAGAGCAGACAGCAGGACCUAGGACAUAUGGGGGUCCAGGGGUCCACUUUGUAAACAGACUGCAGGACACGUUUGUGUACAAAAAUGUGUAAGCAGUGUGCCACCUGAACUUGAAAUGAAGUAAUAGAUUCUACAGUGGAGCAGCAUGAGGAGCGCUAAUUGGCCAGCUGUGUGUGUGCUGAGAGAUUGACAGGAACGUUUUAAAGCCAUUGCUUCAUCUUAUAAAGACAAGAAUAAGGACAUCAAAUUAAUAAUUAAAUUUAUUUGUGUUGGGUUUUUUUGUACUUCACAUUUGUUAGUGGAUUAUUUACAACAAGACCUUACAGCAGCUUUUUUGAAAAUAAAUAAUUGUCGUGGUAGCACACACAUCAUUGUUCGAGGACAUGAACAGCUCUGUCUGACCUGGAAACACUUCAGUCAGUUCAGCAUAUCAGGUUUACAUGUGUCGGUCACAGUCUGAUCUCCGAGCAGCUGAAGAGGGAGGACAGUUCCACCCUGUGCUGUACUGAAGGACACGGCUACCUGAAUCUUUCUCACAGGGAUUCAAUAACUUUUUCAACGCUUUCUUAUCAGCCGCUUUAACAAAACACAUUUUUGAUCUGAUGUCAGUGUUGUGUGUUCUAAUGUUAACAAGUGUGUUAAUUGGCAAGUCUUUGCAACCCAAAAAAAGCUCAAACUUUUCACCAUACUGUAAUUUCAUUCACGUUAUUAAAUAAACCGGAUAGUUUCCAAUCUUA